CUCAGUACAUGGGUUAGUCAGACAGAAAAGACGUGUAUUUCUAACAUUUUGUAAAGAAAAAUAUAUAUUUCAUCUGGGACAACGCAAAUAUUCAAGAUUCGUCUUUAAGAGAGCCAUUGGAGUGACGCUUUCAUCUUCUGGCUUGUUGAUUCCUUCUGUUUGUCAGUCACCCUCGAACAGGGGCAAACCUCAUUUGGAUUUAAUGAUACAUUUUCCAGGGAAGGAAUUAUUGUGAGCGAAUGAAGAAUUAUCAGGCUGCAGGAAAUGUCACUGACGUCUCACAUGCUUCCUUCAGACAGCGUCUCCCUUUGUCCUCCUCUCGUCAUUACCUCGGAAUAUUAGCCUUGAACAUUUGAAUUAUUGAACUUGAAUAUGCUUGGGGUCCUUUGGAAUAUAUGGCACGUCUGCUGUGUGGAUUAUUCUUUUGUGACAGCCUGGAAAUACCAGAAGAUAAUCUCAGAGAUUUUGUAUGCUCAUCACACAUGUUGUGGUUGCACUUGCAUCAAUGCACUCCAUCAGUAUGCAUUCUGGAGGCAGCGAUGUGGAUGCAUAGACAACAUCUACUGUAAGUCUCCAUAUCUGUUGGACAUUUCUGUGAGUUCACUUCAAAUGCUCCAAAGAGACACAAGGACCUGAUGGAGUGUUGAUGUUGGAAUAUUACAGUCCUGCACUUGAAAUAAUUGUAAUUGCAUUCAGAAUGUCAAAGCAGGCCUUUGCUCCUGUGGUUUAUUGUGGCCACACAGGAGCUCAGUGAAGGUGUCAGUCAGGUGACACUUGACACUUAUUGUAUUGAGCUUAAAGGAAGUCUCUGCACUCAUCAGAACUAGAAACUAGAAAGAAGUGAUGAGACAUGAAACGGGAGGAGACCAGGCCUGUCCUCCCGGAUGUAGGCUGUAUUCAUCAUCAUCAUCAUUAUCAUCGUCAAACUGGAUGAAAGCCGCUGUCUACUAAAAAAUGCACCAAUUCAGUUGAUGAGCAAGGAAACCAGAUUCCAGAUGAGUUUGACAAAGACCUACCAGUGGUCCAGCAGCUGAGAAGAACCUUCAAGUAUUUCCAGGACUACAGACAGAUGAUCAUAGAGCCCACCAGCCCCAAAUUGCUGCCAGACCCCCUGAAGGAGCCCUAUUACCAACCUCCAUACACGCUGGUCCUGGAGCUCACUAAUGUGCUGGUGCACCCGGAGUGGUCGCUGGCCACUGGGUGGCGCUUCAAGAAACGGCCAGGCAUCGACUACUUGUUCCAGCAGCUUGCCCCACUGUACGAGAUCAUCAUCUUUACUGCCGAGACUGGCAUGACGGCGUAUCCUCUGAUUGACAGCAUCGAUCCUCAAGGUUUCGUCCUGUAUCGCCUCUUCAGAGACGCCACACGCUACAUGGAGGGUCAUCAUGUGAAGGACGUGUCGUGCCUGAAUCGUGACAGCAGCAAGGUGAUCGUGGUGGACUGUAAGCGAGAAGCGUUCAGCCUGCAGCCUUUUAACGGGAUGGCCUUGAAGAAAUGGGAUGGCAACUCUGACGACCGAACGCUCUACGACCUCGCCAACUUCCUGAAGACCAUCGCUCUGAGUGGUGUGGACGACGUCCGCUCAGUGUUGGAGAACUACGCCAUGGAGGAUGACCCCAUUGACGCCUUCAAGCGCAGACAGGCUCAGCUGGCACAGGAGGAGGAGCAGCGUCUGUCAGAGCAGUCCCAGCAGAAGAAGCAAGGCAUGUCUCUGGGCUCCAUCGCCUCGCGCUUCUGGCGCUCCAAACAACAGUGAGCCCCGCCCCCUCUCUGACUCAUACUAGUCGCUGCCACUGAGGGGAGGGGCCAUAGGACAGCCGGGAGAGGAGCCUUGGUCGCAAAUCAUGUUUUGGUGGGAUGGGCCUCGGCGCGCAAAGGACACGAGCAGCCUCCAAUGACAUGAAAGAAACACUUCCUGCUUUUUGGACGAGAGGUUUUGGUCACCUGAUUGGACAAACAAGGAGGGAUGCAAGUCGGGUGAAAACUCUUGGGAGUUCUUAUCUGAGACCAGCGCCGCCGGCGUCAAGAUCUGACCAGAGCUCAGCUCGCUAACCCCCGCCUCCCUUUCCCUGCGCCAAAAUGUCUGUCUGUCUGUUGUCUGCAAACUCACUGACGGACUGACGGUGGACUUAUCUUUGUAUCAAUAAACACAAACAACACCACACCUUCGUUGGCAUUUCAUUUGAAUGUGAUGACGGUGAAACACCAAAGAUGGUGGCAUCCACCAUCUUUCUUUUUUGCCAACUAUUUCUUGCUAAUAAGUCUUUGUGCUUCGUGGUGUCUGCUCUUCAUCAAACACAUGAAGGGCUUCCUCUCCACAGAACUCACAGAACUCUUCACGCUCUCUUUGUCCUGCUGCAGUUUGGACUCCAGCUGAACCUGCUGAGGUUCUGCUUCUUGUGUUUGUUGAAGGCAGUGUGAUGUUGUUGUAUGGCGGCGUCUCCAAUAAAGGGAACCAA